UUUGGAGCCCUUGUCUCUCCUAGUUUAUCCCCUCUCCCCUCUCCCUUCUCGCACAUUUUUUUGUACAGUAAAGCCGAGAAGAACAAAGUAGUCACCGUUGUCGUUACUUCGUUCACACUGCUGGCCGCCGGUGUAUCCGGAUAGAGACUCCCUCUCUCCCGCACUUCUUAGAUCACGACUUGCUGAUUUUCUCAUAAUAACGACAGCCCGAAUCCACUUCCCGUAUGACGUAGUGGCCGAGAAACGCUACGCAAUAUAGCCAGUAAAUGAAUGUAUAGAGUAUUUUUCCAUGCUCGAUGGUUAGCAGUACGACAGACGUCAUGCCUCCAGGUAGCAGAAAGCAUGAAAAUGAAGCACUAGAGAAUCUUGCUCAACGCAUGUGGUGAUAUAUAGUACAAUACCUCUGGCUUUUCGCCCACUUUUUUUCCACUCCAUGCUAUCUCAUCUAAUUAUUUCUCUAUCCCCAAACGAACCACAUAUCAACUUCAGAACCAAACAUGUCUACUGUUACUCAAGGUGUUAAGGACUUCUUCAAGAGUACCUCCAAGCCAGACUCCACAGAGGUCUGCACUGAGACUGCACCUGAGGUCGUCCAGGAGCACGUCAGGCCCCAAGAGCACACAGAAAGUGCUGAGGCCAUCGACCGAGAAAGGCAUAUCCAUCAUCACCAGCACCGAAUUCAACCCAUAGAGCACAAACAGGCUCUCGACGCCAAGCAUGUUCACGUUACUGCACCUGCCGUCGUCCGUGAGCACAAGGAGGAGAUGCUUCCCGAACAUCAGGAUACCCUCCAAAAGCAAAGGACAUUGCACAGCAAUCAACAGACCAUCGGCGAAGUCGAGAAGUCUCAUGCUCACAUCGGAACCCAUGUUAACCAGCAUGAACACCAUCACAUCCACGAAACCGUCCAACCCGUCAUCCAGAGGGAGACCGUCCAGCCUACCGUUGUCCACCACACGGCUGCAAUCCACGAAAAGGUUCAUGAUGCUCCUAUUGUUCACGAGGUCACCACUUUACCUACUAUAGGCCACAACGAGUUCUUGAAGAUGAAAGAAGGCCUCAAGAGCGCCACUCACACCGACAAGGGACACCAACACCAGUACUACGAGGGUGCUCCUAGAGUUGGCAGCCAACAAACUUCAGCCGCUAAUGCCGCUUCCACAACCAAUGCCGCUUCCACUAAGGAAGUUCCUACUGCCUAAGAAGUAGUUUGCCAUAUAUUUUUUGUCUUGGGGGAUGUAAAGAGUUCAUGUUGAAAUUGGGCAUUUGUAGUUAUUAAACUGUUAUAAAUAUUACUUGUAUAUACACGGUAGCUUGGGGUUAUUAUUAGAAGAGCGAGGAUAGCCAAUGCAAAGAUUCCUUUCACAACAGCUGAUGUUCGGGUUUGUUUACCCUAUCUCGCUGGAAAAUACUGGACAUCUU